GCUGAUCGAGCAAAUCUCCAGGCAACUGAGAAGCGCCUGGCCGAGGAACGCAAACAGCGAGCCGCACUGGAGCAACAGAUUGCCGCUCAACAACAACAACAACAGCAGCAGCAGCACCAACAACAACAUUCACGCGCCUCAGGCAGAAAUCGAAAAGAGGCCUCGGAGGAUCCGACAAAUGCUUCGAUAUCGGCUUCUGUUAGUGCAGUAGAUCUCAUAGAGAAACCAUUUGUUACUCUGAACUAUCCGGAUGAUAUCACAAUGCUCGGUGAGCAACCUGUGCUGAAUCUUGUGGUCUUUGAAUUGGAGGCCGAGUUGCACGCGUUGACGCGGGAUUUGUCGGCCAAAGAAUUACAGUUAGCCGCACUGAAAGACAGUCGCGCAUCCUCAUUUCAUGUGAACAGUCCAAACAGCGCGGUGUCCGGUGGGGCCGUUCAGCGUAUCCCCAGUGGAUUCAAAUCAGUGGACCCGGUUAAAAAUAGCGGAGGCGAAUCGGGUCAUUCGGCCCGUCGUGCGCAUCCAGAUUCGGGGACCGUGUCCAAGGCGAAUAAAGAAUUAAUGACUCGAUUGAGCAGUCUACAGGAAGAAAAUCAGCGAUUGGCCGACACGUUGAAAGAGGAAGAUAAAAUGAAACAAGAAUUGAUGACGGCAUAUCAUUCGUCCUUGAAAGAAAUCACGGAAUUGAAUGGUUAG